UCCCUCGUUAGCUUAGUUCCAAUCGCCAUGUUUUGCUUACUCUGCCAAAGAAUUCUCCAUGGGAGGCACGCUAUUACAGCCUCUCAAAGUCACAAAGUUUUAUACGUUUCCCAAAACGACCCAUCGUCACUUGUAGGAGUAUCUGCAUCUGUCACUCUCAGAUGCAUUUCAAGCUCUUCAAAGAAGCAGCCAUUUACAGUUUCUUACCUUAAAAAGAAAUGUGGGUUGUCGUCGGAAUCUGCUUUAAAUGCCGCCAAAUAUGUUCAGUUUGCAACCUCGGAUAGGGCUGACACUGUCAUUGCCUUCUUUAAGAACCACGGUUUCUCAGAACCCCAAAUCAUCCGCCUCAUCAAGAGACGGCCGGUAGUGCUUUUAUAUGAUGUGGAGAAAACCCUUUCGCCCAAACUUGAGUUUUUGCGCUCUAAAGGUACUUCAAGCCCUGACCUUAUCAAAAUAUUGUCUGAUAACCCAGCAAUUUUUGGGUCAAGCUUAGAGAAACAAAUUGUCCCUUCUUUUAAUUGUCUUAGUAAUUUACUUAAGUCUGAUGAGAAGAUUAUUCAUGCUGUAAAACGCUAUCCACGCCUUUUAUGUUAUGAUCUUAAUGCUAUUUUAUUACCUAAUAUCGAUCUUCUGCUGGAUGAUGGAGUGCCUGAAUAUAGAAUUGUUACAACGCUACAGUCACUGCCUUCAACAUUAAUGAGAAGUCCAAUUCAGUUUAAGAAUAUGAUAGAGGAAACAAAGGAAAUGGGAUUCAUCCCUUCCAGGCCAAUGUUUAUGGUAGCACUCUCUGCAGUGAGUUCAAUGAGCAAAGCAACAUGGAAGAAGAAGUUUGAAGUUUUUAAGAAGUUUGGUUGGUCUGAGAAAGAGGCUUUGGAAGCUUUUCGAAGGUAUCCCAUGUUUAUUAAGGUGUCUGAGGAUAAAUUUAUGUUGACAAUGGAUUUCCUUGUGAAUAAAAUGGGUUUUCGAUCUUCGAUUUUCGCCAAACGUCCCCGUAUACUGAUGAUGAGCUUGGAUAAAAAGAUUGUCCCUAGGGGUCUGUUUGCUCUAGAUUUGUUGUCCAAAGGUAUUAUCAAGCGUGUUAACAUGCAGGAUUUGUUCGAGACUUCAGACAAUUUAUUUGUUGAGAAGUUUGUGAACCGCUUUAAAGCAGAAGACUCUGAGCUGUUAAAGCUAUAUAAAGAGAAGCUCAAUCUUUCCAAAAACUGGAAAAUUGGUUGAUACAAGCUGCAGCGUUUAUGGAUCGUUGACAUUAAGAGAUUCAGAUUUUCCUCAUGAUGCGAGGCAAAUUUCUCAGGUUAUAAUUAUUGUUUGGCCUGGUAUCUGUACUUCUGUAGUUGCACCCCCUCUUGCCAUGUGUUAGCAAGGAGCAUAUUUAAGGAUUGGUUUAAUAUCCUGCUAUUCAGGAACUGUACCAUAAUCCUCCAGCCCCAAGUUGUUAAAAAGCUCCAAGAAAAGGUUGUGUUGUUCUGGUUCUUUUGCUGUUCUACAGUUUUUUGUUUCUUUCCUUUUGGUUGUGCAGGGACUGUGGGAUAGUAGAUUGUAGAAUGGAAGCUAAAUAGGAAGGGUUGUGAAACCAAAAUUUCAUUGUUUUCUGUCAUUUGAACAUUGAACUUGUAGUUCUUGACUAUGCUAAUCUUUGUGUAGCCAA